AUGAUGAAACAGAUGCUGUUCGGCCUUUUAGCCGUUACAACAGUAUCGGCUAUAGAUAUCAGUAUCAGCUCCAAAGGGAACAACACUGGUGGAUUCCACUAUGGUCUUUUGCAUGAGGAUAUCGAUAACUCGGGUGAUGGCGGUCUCUAUGCCGAACUAAUUCGUAACAGAGCAUUUCAAGCCAGUGAAGGAUUCCCGUCCUCUCUGAGCGGCUGGUACCCUAUCAAUGGCGUAAUAUUAUCUCUCAACACCCUUAAGGAGCCGUUAUCAAGCGCUCUCUCAACCUCGAUGAACGUUGCGCCUGCAUCAGGGCGCGGAAAGGCUGGUUUCUACAACGAUGGCUAUUGGGGCAUAGACGUGAAAGUCCAGCCCUACCGGGGCUCCUUCUGGGUUCGUGGCGAUUAUAGUGGUCAUUUUACCGCUUCGCUGCAGUCAAAUAUCACAGGAGAGCGGUUCGGUGUCGUGAAUAUCAAGUCGAAAUCUCGAGCGAAUGCGUGGGUUGAACACGAUUUCACCUUGACGCCUACCAAGAACGUGCCAAGUUCGAACAACACAUUUGCAAUCACGUUCGAAGCAGCGGGGCUCAAGUCGAAAUCUCUUGACUUCAACCUUAUCAGCCUCUUUCCUCCUACCUAUAAAGGACGUAAAAACGGUAUGCGACGUGAUCUUGUUGAUGCACUAGAAGGAUUUCAUCCGACAUUAUUCCGUCUUCCGGGUGGGAACAUGCUCGAAGGUCUUACGAAUAAGUCUUUCUGGAACUGGAAAGACUCGAUUGGACCAUUGAGGGACCGACCUGGAUUUUCGGGUGUCUGGGACUAUCAACAGACUAAUGGGUUGGGCUUGCUCGAAUAUCUUGAGUUCGCCGAAGACAUGGGCAUGGAAUUAAUUCUCGCAGUAUAUGCCGGUCUGUCUUUGAAUGGCGACGUUACUCCAGAAGAUCAAUUACAACAGUUUAUCGACGACGCCCUGGACGAGAUAGAAUUCAUUCGAGGUCCUGCAGAUUCCAAAUGGGGAGCGAUUCGCGCCGCGCUCGGUCAUCCUGAGCCCUGGAAGCUCGAAUACGUCGAAGUCGGUAACGAGGAUUGGCUGGCCGGUGCCCCUGAGGGCUGGGACACAUAUAAGGAAUACAGAUUCCCGUUGUUUUUAAAGGCGAUAAAUGAAGCAUGCCAUUCCACAGAUCCGGACAUACAAGUCAUUUCGUCCGGUUCGGUGUACGAUGGAUACGAUAUCCCGAGCCCAGGAGCCGGUGACUAUCAUUUAUACACCACUCCAGACACGUGGGUAGCCGAGUUUGGAAAAUUCGACAACGUGAAGACACCACACGUUAUAGGCGAGAUGGCUUCCACAUUUCCCAAUGGCGGAACCGGCUGGAAUAGCGGCGUGCUGAGACCCUUUCCAUGGUGGCAAGGUGCUGUUGGGGAAGCAGUAGCCCUCAUAGGCUAUGAGCGUAACGCGGAUAGAAUCAUUGGCGCGAUAUAUGCGCCCAUUCUCCGCAACAUGAACAGAUGGCAGUGGUCUAUCACGAUGUUGCAAUUUGCAGCCGAUCCAGCUAUGACCACCCGGUCGACGAGUUGGUAUGUCUGGGAGCUGAUGGCAGCUCAUCCCAUAACCAAGACGCUCGCAGCAGAUGUCGACUUCGGACCCGUCUACUACGUAGCCGGAAAGAACGAGAAGACACAGGGACAUGUGUUCAAGGCGGCUGUGUACAAUUCUACCAACGGCGCCGAUGUCCCGGUUAAAAUUACCUUCGACGGUGUAGCGGCCGGGACUACGGCUGAACUGACCGUGCUCACUGGGCCCAAGGAUCCUUACGCCGUCAACGAUCCCCACACAGGUGUGAACGUCGUGAAGACGCGCAAGACUUCUGUCAAGUCGGAUAGGCAUGGCACGUUUUCGUUCCGGCUGCCAAAUCUUAGUGUCGCGGUUCUCGACACGAAGGGGAGACGUAAGACUAUCAAGCGGGAGUUCUAA